AUGUUUACUACUUGGAAGUCAUCAUCAUGGUUAAUUCUUCUAGUGUUUGCUUAUUUUUCAUAUGUGUUUACUUUUAUAUGUUAUCCAAUAGGAUCAAUUAGUUCACCAAAAUUGAAUAAAUUAUCACCGAUAAAUUGUCAUUUUUGUCAAGUCUCAAAUUCAUAUAUUAAACCUUAUGUUGAACCAAUAGUUGAAUCACAUUUAAAACCAACAUUAAUUAAACUUGAUGAUGAUUUUAAGAUUUGUGAUAAAUAUACAAAAUUAAGUGAAUUUGACGCAAAAUAUGGAUUUCAAGCUGGGUAUGAAAAAUUUUUAGAUUAUUUACAAGAUGGAAUAAAUUGGUUUCAGUUACAUGUUGAGCCACAUAUCACCAAGUUCAUAAAUCAAUUAACUUACAAACUUCAUGUUUACUUAAAUUUAAUUCAUAAUUUGAUAUCAUCAUAUUUUUUAAUACCGAUUAAUCAACAAUUUUCCAAAAUUCAAUUAUUAAUCUCAUCAAAUCCAAUAGUUUUACAAUUAUUAAAUUCAUCACAUGCAACAAAUUUACAACAACGUAGUUUAUUUUUACAAAAGGAAUUCAAAAAUUUGAUAAAAUUUGAUGAAUUUCAUCCAAGAGAAUUUAAAUCUAAUUUAAUUAAUGUUGUAAAAGAAGUAUUGGGUAAAAAUUAUCAAGAUAAAGAAGAAGAUUGGGAAGAUAUUACUGAUGAAGAUCAAAGUGAUUCACAAGAAGAAGAAACUAUUGUUAUUACUCAAACUAUUUCAGUUUAUGAAAAUGGAGCUAUUGCUACAAAUAAUGUAAAUCCUGAAUUAUCAGCAAUAAAUGAUGAAAUUUUACAUUGGGAAAAAAAAAUAGACAAGACUAUAGAGUUAGCUAAAUUUAAUUUAAAACAAGAAAUUGAACCAAUUGUAAACAAUACAAUCGAGGAAUUGAAACCUAAAAUUAGUGAGUUUUUACAAACUUUACAAAAGGAAAAUCAUUUACAAUAUAAAAAUUUAAAUCAAAAAAUUUCUAAAAUUAAUAAAGAUUUCGAAAAAAUUAAAAUUUCAAAUGAUACAAGUAUAGAAACAAUAACAAGACAAGAAAUAAGAGAUGAUAUAGCAGAAAGCUAUGAUACUGCAUCAAACUACUCGACAAAAAUUCAAGAUUUAUUAGGAAAUGAACAUGAACAAGUAUUAAUAAAUUAUUUCAACUCCAUACAAUCAACAAUAGACAUUUUAGAAUCAUUUGCAGAUUCAUCAAUUAACGAAUUUUCAUCAUCAUUAACUAAUCUCAUAGCAUCAAGUGAAUCAGUAGAUGAAUCAACUACAUGGAAAAUAUGGAAAAAAUUCCAUACAAUAAAGGAAAAAUUUUUCCAAUUUCGUGAUGAUUUAUUAAAUAAUGCAAAUACUUACAAAUCAAAUAAUAAACAAGAAGGUAUAAGAGAUUUAGUCAUUGGGUUAAGAGAUUGGAAUGAUUAUUUGAAUAAUAUUGAAUUCCAUUUAAAUUUUUUGAUUAGAGAUAAUGCUGAUUAUUUAAGAUUGGUUAGAGCUAAGGCUAAUGUUGCUUUCCAAAUGAGAGAAGAAUUAGUUUACAAUUUGGAAAAAGUUAAAAAAGAACUUGAAGAAAAAGAGAAACAAGUAAAAGAAGUGGUGGAAGAAGCGCCUACUGCAGAAGAAAAAUCAGUAGCUGAGGAGAAACCAGUAAAAGAAGCAGUAGAAAAUAAAUCAGUGGAAGAAAACUCCGUGGAAGAAGACUCCGUGGAAGAAGACCCAGUGGAAGAAGAGCCAGAAAAAGAAGAAGAAGUAGUAGAAGAAAUAGAAGAAUCAGUAGAAGAAUCAAAACCAGUACCCGAUAACCAAGAAUCAGAGUCAAUAACAAAACCAAAAUUAGAUGAUUUGGAAGAAGAUGAAAUAGGUGAUGAAGAUAUUGAAGAAAUAGUAGUAGAAACAGAAGCAAAUUAA